CCCACUCGUUUUCCACCGCUUGCAGUUGUGAUUUCAUAAUUCACCCUUGAAUAUGGAAUUGGGUUGUUGCUUCUUCUUGUACCAGUUUGGAUUAAGUUUUUAGCUCUUCUUUCUCUCUCCGCAGUUGCAGGUUUAAUUUGUAAUUGGCUUAGUUUAAGUUCUUGUAAUUGGCUUAGUUUAAGUUCUCUUCCAUUUUUCUUGUCGUCAGUAUAAUAUGCCUAGCAAGAGGAAGAGGAAAUUUGAGCAACCUCCUUGUAUACACCCUCGUAACAAAUACGCAGAGAAAGCCCCUGAUUUCCAACUCCUCGCCUUUCUCUACCCUGCUUUCCAGCCUUUCGUCUCUUACUCGCAAAAUGGGCGGCCCAAAAUCGACUGGACCGAUUUCAAUGCAACCAGAGAGCUCACAAGGGUCUUACUCCACCAUGAUCAUGGCAUUAACUGGUGGAUUCCUGAUGGCCAGCUGUGCCCUACAGUGCCCAAUAGGUCUAAUUAUAUUCAUUGGAUUGAAGAUUUGCUAGCUUCUAAAGUGAUACCUAAGCAGAAGUUUGGAGAUAGGGUGAGAGGUUUUGAUAUUGGAACUGGUGCCAAUUGUAUAUACCCACUUCUUGGUGCUUCCCUUCUUGGUUGGAGCUUUGUAGGGUCAGAUGUGACAGAAAUUUCUAUAGAAUCGGCAAGAAAGAAUGUUGAGAGUAAUCCCCAUAUUGCUAAUUUGAUAGAGAUUAGAGUGGCUGGGGAAUGUGAGAGCAUGAUAUCAAAUGGCAAGGGUAAACAAGGAGAAGAAAUUUAUGAGAAUUGUUCUUGCUCUAAUGAAGUUAAAUUAUCUUCGGACCAGGUUGUUGAAGUGGAGAGAUUAGAGGAAAAUGAGGGGUUGAUAUAUGUUGUGGAACCAGAACAAAUCCCUGUAUCAAUGGACUUGAGAGUUAUGGAGGAUAAUGAGAUGACUUCGAACGCAUCUAGUGGCCCCACUCAUAGUUCAGAGGAAUACCAUGGUUCCCCUAUACUUGUAGGAGUUGUAAAGGAUGGUGAAAAUUUUGAUUUUUGUAUGUGUAAUCCUCCAUUUUUUGAGAGUAUUGAUGAAGUACGGAAGAACCCUAGAACUUCGUGUGGUGGAACUUUGGAGGAGAUGGUUUGCCCUGGUGGAGAACAAGCCUUCAUCACGCGUAUUAUAGAAGAUAGUGUGAAGUUGAAAGAUUCAUUCAGGUGGUACACAACAAUGGUUGGCAGGAAAUCAAACUUAAAAUGUCUAACGUCAAAGCUCCGUGAGGUUGGUGUAUCAAUCGUAAAGACGACUGAAUUUGUACAAGGUUGGACAUCUAGAUGGGGUCUUGCAUGGUCUUUUCUUUCUCCGACCAAGAGGAUUGUCCCACAGCAAACAUCGGAAAAGAAAAAUCACUCUUUCAUGCUUGAGGGCAUCCCUCGCUGUUUUGGCGCUGCAAAAUUUCUGCAAAUGAUCGAGCACUUCUUCUUGACUGGUGGUGCAACUUGUAACUGUAACUUGUCAUCCUUCUCUAUUGAUGUUACUGCCUCGAAGGAAAAUUGUGAGGCACUUCUCAAUGAUCGGUCCAAGGCUUUGGAUGGAAAUGAUACGAGCAGUUUACAGAUUUCAUUAGGUGGCUUAUCUUUCCGAAUCUCGGUGUUUGAGCAGAUCCCAGGCACUCUCUUUUUCAAAGGAUCAUUAUUAGAUAGAGAAACUCCUCUUUCAGGAACAUUUGCCUUGAUAUUUUUCAAAAUGGAGGAUGCUUUAAGAAAGACGCUCAAGGAGGAAAUCUAGAAAGCAUGUCAACAAAUUGCUUAGGCAAGCUUUCUUCUGUCACUUUGACAAACGAGCUUCAUGCAUGAAACAUGGGCAUUAAUCCAAUAAGGUUUCUAGACAUGGGGAUCUUACGCCAAAACGCAACUGGUAUGGAGUAAUUAUCAAUAAGAACCGUGUGAGAACAUCUCGUAAAACUUCAAUUUGAGUGUCUAAGUGUUUUUUGCAGGUGAGUACUGUUCUGAUUUGCAAGAGAAUUUGCACUUCUGCAUCCUUUAAAGGUGUCGCCGAUUACGAGGAAAACACCUUUUUAUAACUGAUCAAAUUUCAAAAGAGAAUCUCUCUCGCCCACACACCCACAAACAACACAAUACAUGUGCAUGCAUGCACACUUUUAUGAACAUUUGUUAAAUAUCGAAAAUAUUUGAGAAAUUCUAGUAGGAAAUUUGCUUU